AUGUUCCGGUUCUGGAACUCGGAUUCUCGGGGAAGUGAGCCGAUCACGGAAACAACGCUAGAUUCUUCGCGCGCCAGUCAGCUUCCCGGCGCAACGUUCCCCUCGUCAUCGCCACCCACGUCAAGGCACCCAGCUCCCAAAAGGAGUCGGGAUGCUGUGGAUGGCCAUGACGAGGCCACAGAAAGCGAGUCGACCAAGAAGCGCCCAAAGCCGCAACCUAAUGACCCCGAGCGCUCCUCGCAAGCCGGGCAGCCCGAUGCUGCCCAAGCUGGUGGUAGUCGUAUAGACCGUGCGCGCGACAUCAUCACGCACCAAGUCGGCUUAGAAGUGUUGCUCAAGCACGACGAGCUGAGACUCAUCAACCAGGAGCUGGCCAAGUGUCAAAUCGCGCUGGAACAACUGCGCAGGUGUCACCUCAUCCCUUACCCGCAGCACUGUCCUACCCCGGACCGGAUGCUUGACAUCAGCAGCGGCAAGGGCCCUGCCGCCAUCGCUCGCUUCGGAGAGCCCGUGCCUCGGUGGGCGCCACCUUUUGGGGUCGUCGAUGGGCCCUACGCGCGCCAUUAUGCUAGGUGGCUCAUCCCCGACCCUUCCUUCGAUGGCGAGCAAGCAGAGUGGCAGCUCACUCCGGAAUUUUCACGUAACCGGGUUUCCAUUGCCGAAGGCCGAACGACGAGAAACAGCUUCACAGAAACCGCCCCCGUGGUAAAAGGCAGGCCUGUACGCAGCAAUGCCGGCCAGAAGCUCCAAGCUUUGUCGAAUGGUUAUCCUCAGCCCAAGGACAAGGCUGGACCUUGCAUCCUGAAGCGAUCGGAUGGCCAGACGGUCAAGCUUGUUUGCCUGGAUUGCCACCGGGAGAACUUUUCGAGCACACAAGGCUUCAUCAACCACUGCCGCAUUGCCCACAAGCGAGACUUUAAGAGCCACGAAGAGGCAGCCGUUCAGAGUGGACAGCCUCUGGACGCUCCCGACAGCAGCCGAGGAGGCGCCGUUGGUGGCGGAGCUGGCGACGACAAGCCAGCGCAGAGCGUUGGCACGCCGUCUUCUGCCUUUGUGCAUCCCUUUGCAAGACGGGACAUGUCGGAGCAAGAGGCCUACGUGGCCCUGCGGUCAAGAAUUGCCGACUCCCUCAAGCUGUAUCGCCAAGGUAAGCUCCCUGGUGUCGGCUCGAUUCCUUCAGGGUCGACUGGCGCGCACGCGUCAGCCACCAAGACCAAAGCCGCGGCCAGGUUCAAUCCCGCCUCCGAGACCCCACAUCUGUCUCGCCUCAUGCAGAGCCGCAAUUUCAGUGGCAACCUUUGUGAUGUUGUUACAGACGCCAAGACCAAGAUUGCGCUCGAAGACAUCGCUCCCGAGGAGGAGGAGGAGUCGGCCGAUACAGCCACGCCAUCUGACGCUCCAGAACAUGCUGCUGCUCCCGUUCGGACCUCUAUGGUUCAGCGAGUACCAGCUCACAGUGGAAAGGUGGCUGCGGCUGCGGCUGCCGCUGCGGACUUCCCGACUCGCCCAACCAGCAGCAAGAGUCGCGUCCCUCCCAUCUCUCUCGUGCCCGCCCCAGGAUCCGCCGUGGAUGUGAUGCUCAAACGUGGUUCCAAUGGUAUCUUAUCCGACGAAGACGAGGAUAUGGAAGCAGCCAACCUCAGCCCGAACACGUUGGUCAGCAACCAUGCGCCGUCUCUAGUUAGUGACGAUGGAGAGUACGAUGACUCUGAUGAUGGAUCUUCCACAUCUGGCAGUAGUGACGAGUUGGAUGCUGAGCCUGUAUCGGACGUUGCUGAAAUCACGCUCGAGGACGACCAUGAUCCCAGGCCUCUUCGUCGCGGUUCCAACGGCUGCCUUGCCGGGCCCGUGAGACUCCGCAAAGACGAUGCCAAGAAACAACACGUCACCUUUUUGGGUCCUGUGAAGAAUCACUCCAAGGGAAGAAGGUCCCGCAGGAAAUGA